AUGCUCAACAUCUUCGACGACUUUUCUGAACAAGACCCCUAUUACUGUAUCGUCUUCGGACCAACACGAGGCAACGCCCAGGGAGCCCUGAAGGUCGUGUCAGAUGGAAGUUGGAAGCCAGCCCAUCACCACUGCAUUCGCUAUCAGCGAAAUGAAUCCGAAAGCAUGUGGCUCACAGCUUUGGAUGAGCAUGGGUGA